AUGUCAGAUCAUUCUGACAGUCAAUGUUCCAUUGAUGAAAAUGAUAUACAUAAUGGCCGUAUUAACAGAUCAACACUAAAUGAGACACCUGUGAGAAAUGUAGAAGCUAUUAGCAGCGAUGAAGAGGGACAAAGAUGGAAUGGCAAUGCAGAAAGGCAGUCUAAUGGUUUAUGCAUUACUGACAGAGGGCCAAAUGAAACAAAUAUGUUUUUAGAUAAUGAUAGCUUUAACAGUGACAAGAAAGAAAAUGAAACUAUAAAUGAUGACUUUUUGGAAACAUACACAUCAAUGCCACAAAAUACAGCACUCACUAUGGCAAGUAGUAGGGCAAGCUCUGGAAGUAUGAGCAGAAAUGCAAAUGUGGGACAUAGUGUUUACUUUGAAGAUGAUGCAUAUUCCAAGGAAGAUGAUACGGAAUAUCAUGUUCAAAAAUCCUGUUCAUUUUGGAUACCAGGACAAGAAAUAUCAUCACGUUCUAAUACUGUCACUGUUAAAUUUGUGAUGGCUGCCGGAGAAGUUCUUACACAAGCAUAUGAUAUUUCUUUAUCUGUUGAAGAAAUUAAAAGAAAUCUUUCUAGUUUGUUCAGAGUUCCAACUCAAGUAAUUCAGCUAUCAGUACAGGGAGACAUACUUGAUGAUAAUAUUGUAUUGUCUGAACUUGGGGUUGAGCCUUUUGGAAGCAUUGAGAUAGAUCUUCAGUCCACUGACAUCAAUUACCAACUUUCCACUGAAGGCUUAUAUCAAGAAUAUCCAGUUUCAGAUGUUAUAACUGUUAGAGUUGAAACAGGUGAGCAAGAGUACAGAGAUGUUAUUGUAGAAAUUGAAAAUAGAUGCACUAGAAAGCCUUUUAUUGGUGGAUAUCGUCACAAAGGAACAGGAGUGGAGUAUCAUCAUGCCUUCUCACAAACACAGCCAAUUCAGAGGGAUUUAUCCCAAGAAGAAAGAAUGCAGCGUGAAACACAGACAGUAUAUUAUUGUGAUAAAAACACUGGCAUGACAAUAGCAGAAAAAUAUACACAGAUUAGACAACAGGAUUACUUCAUUCCCUGUAUCCAUGACAGAAUCAUUGUACCCCGAAAGUACAUAUCAGCACAAGACAGGAUGCAGAUGGAAGCAUUUGAAGAUAAGGUGGUCACCAUUCAGAGGUAUAUACGUGGUUGGCUGGCAAGAAGAAAAACUUCUCAGAUAAAGGAAAACCUAAAACAUUGUAUUGACUGGGAGACCAAAGAGAUUCAAAUUCAGGAGGAAGAAAGAGAAUCUCAUUUAAAGCACAAUGCACAACGAAUGACAUUUCCUAAAACACGAGCAGAUUUCAAUAUGCUUUAUAAUAUGGUGGAACGCUGGAGGAAGUCAGAAGUAAUGCGGAUACUUGCAACUACAACAAGAGAAGCACCUAAAAGAGUUGAAUUCUGCUCCCUUCUUGAAAAAGAAAUACAAUUACUCUCCUCAAUUGAGAAUCACAGAAUUGCUAUCAAAGAAGAAGCACUCCACAAAAGAGAACUUGAGAUUAUCAAUAAGUGUUCUGAGCCUAUAACAUGGAGAGGAUACAAAGGCUUAAUUAUUUCCAUGGACACAAUACGGACACAAAGAGCAAGAGAAAUGAGGGAUCUGUACUUGGCUCUCAGUCAACAUGAUGGUAGUAAUGAAGAGCGUGCAGAACUACUUGAAAGUUUAAAAUAUGCUCUGAGGGGCUACAAUUGCAAAAUUACCAAAGAAAUACGAGAUUUACUUAAUCAAGAGUGUGAUUUAAUUUCUUUGGGUCUUAAGAAAAGUGACUUAGAUGGUCUACGUAAGCGAAUAAAGAAGCUUUUUUUAGAAUUUAUGAAAGCUCCAGAGUUCAACCCGGCUGUCACCAAGGAGAUUGAAAUUAGCAAGACAAAAAAUAUGUUCUACUGUGAGAGAUGCUGCAAAUUACUGCCUUACUUGGAAUUUUCUCCAAAUUCAAGAAUGAAGUCUCUGAAGCAGUGUAGUUCCUGUAUGUGGAUUCAAAAUGUUGCAGUAUCCAGAACAGACUAUGGACCGUACAGUUAUAUUAUGCAGGCUGUUCGACGUGAAGAACAGAAAAGAAAGUGUUUUUCAUCUGUAGCCUUCAUCAUGCAAGAACAAGAUUUUUAUUAUCUUGUUAUGAAUAUAUGGCAUGGUCACUCUGCCAUAAGUGAAUCACGAGAUAUAAAUACUUUGAGACUCCCUCGAUGGAAUAUAAAAGAAGAUUGGUCUCCAUGGAACUGUAUUCUCCUUACUGAUAAUGAAACGAAGGCACAUAUAAAUCUGGAGAAUAUAAAUCAAACAUAUGUUCCUGAAUUCAUAGAACAAGUUGAACACAAACAUAUGUUAGCUAAAAGACGUUUUGACCGCUUAGCAAAAAUUGUGUUGGGGUAA